GCUGCGCCAGGCGCCGGUACGGGGCCCGGUCGGACUGAGCCAGCUCUCCCUCGGCCGCCGCCGCCAUGCAGAGCGAGCUGCCCGCCCAGACGGCGCAGUUGGUGGACGACUAUCUGCAGCACCGCCUGGGCGGCUCGGCGCUGCCCCCCAGCCGCACGGCCAAGACCCUGCGGCGGGUGGCCGACGAGCUGGAGAGCCGCGAGAAGUCCUUCUUCCGCUCCGCCUGCAGCCCGGCCGCCUUACCGGAGCCCGGCGGGGCGGCCGCGCACUUGGGCCGGGUGGCCGCGCAGAUGGAAGCCGACGGCGGCCUCAACUGGGGCCGGGUGGUGGCGCUGGUCGUGUUCACCGGCAACCUGGCGGCGGCUCUGGCCGAGCGGGGCACCCGCGACGAGAUCGGCGCCCUGGCCGAGGCGCUGGUUGCCUAUCUGGCCGGGGAGAAGCGCGAGUGGCUGGAGGCGCACGGCGGCUGGGACGGGUUCCAUCUCUUCUUCAACAAACACGGCUCUGACGCAACUGACCAGAACAGUACCAUAAGCAGUGCUAUCGUGGCGGCUGCAGGAUUUGGCCUGGCAGGAUUGGCUUUCCUCUUGGCUGUGCGAUAAAGUACAUCGGUGGACUUGACUUUGGGGGGGGGGAACUCUUCAAAACUGCCAACGUACCUGUGAAGAGUCCGUUCUAUAUUUCUACGAUGGUGAAAGACAGAAGCUUAUAUUUUUUAAUUGGCGUCUGGAGCAGAAUGUUGAAAAUGGAAGCACAUCCCACCUUGGCGGUGGCAAUACAAACGGAAGACCAGACCGGUUAAUCCUAAAUGGGGAUGUCUUCUUGACCUUGAUGUGAGAGCUGUAACUGUCAUGUAGUCCCAUUCUAGAAAACCACUGAGUACUGGAUGUUAUGCUAAUGAUAUUAGAUGGGCUUACAGUGGAACUUAAGUGAAGAUGUAUGUUUGGUUUCUUUCGUGUGUGUGUGUGUGUGUGUGUGUGUAGGGAGAAGAAAUUGCCUUGUGAAAUGUGAGCCAGUAUUAGCAAGAACGAAGAGCUUAAUUCCACCCUUGGUGCGAUGCUCACAGUACUAAUGCAACUCCUCAGUGUAUAACUGUAAGAUCAAUAUUGCACAAAGCAUUGUAGCUUACAUGGGUUUUUUUUUUUGUUAUGAUGACUUUAGUACAACUUACACUACAGUUAGGUGAUUGAAUGUUGAUACCAAACAGUGGAAGGCUGCAGAACCAGUUCUUUUAACUGAAGUGAGUUUAACUAUUGAAAAACCUUUUUUGAAAUUGGUCUAUUUGGGAAUUCCAUUGAAGGCUGGGAUUUCUGUGGAUUUCCUGUCAAACCCAGAAACUCCAUAUAACUUAAUAUAUUUUUGAAGUAUUUAUCAUUGUAUAAUAACUGGUAGUUGGUAACAUCUAUUUUUGUUAAGUUCCAUUUUUUUUAAAGAAACAAAAAAGCUGUCUCACAAUUGCUUUCUCAGCUGUUAUCUACUGUCUACUACCUUGUUAACAGUUUGGUAUUGUGUACUGUGUAUUGUAAAAAAUAGUCUCCAGAAGCGUUCUUCAAUCUCAUUUUCUUUAGCUUGUACAGUUUUAAUAUGUGAAUAAAUACAACUGAAUAUUUUUAUUUUAAAUUGA